CUUAUUAUUAAAUGAAUUCGCUUUUUAUAAUGAUGUGGAUGGUGAAACAGUUGACUGUGGCCUCACAGAGACUAUGGUUGCAUACCUGUUUCAAGGAUCUUUUAAGAAGCAGGCCAAAUUCAACCAGUUUGUAUGCAAGCUGAAAGAGCCAGUAGUAACUCUGACAUUAGAGCCUGUUCCUCCAGAAGAAUGCCAGCAAUCUAGUUCAGCUAUACCAAGGAAUGGAACUAAUGUGAGACUGCCUGCUAGUUUUGACAUUCCAGCAUUCCCCAGACACCUACAAACGAAGCUGGACAACAAAGAACCAUGCCAGAGAAAUCCAAAGGAUAGACACAUAAUGAUCCGGGUUCUCUUUGAGGCUGUGGCACUAUACACAAUGUAUCCCACAACUUCAGAAUAUGUGCAAGUUGUAAAGAUGCUGAUUGCGAAAUAUCCUUUCCUGAAGGAUCUCGAGGGAAAUGGUUAUGCACCAAGUGUUCUGGGUGAGGACCCAUCCUCCAUUGAGGCUCAUGUGAAUGUCUUGCAUAGCCAGUACCAGAAGAUGCAACCUGAUUUCAGGAUUGUAUGGGACCGAAUGCAGCAGACAUUUGCAUGGCGGCAAAAGGAGAUUGCUGAUGGCAUGACUGUAGAGGACACAGUUAAGAAGUACCCUUUAUUAAGGACACCCACCGGGUUGUUUGAUGAGUUGGAACGUAUCCAUCCAGCAACAGGGAACUUGUGUCAGCGAUUCAAUGAAGGCUUCAAAUGUAUUGUACCGAAGGUGCUUCACCUAGCUCAAAGGAAAUCCCCACUAUUCCAGUUUUACCUGGAGACAAAAGAAGAAGCUCUUACUGAGGAUCUUCCAGAUAUUGACUUUAGGGCAGCCCUCAUCUUUCUGCCUUACAUCUUCAAGGAGAACAUUGAUCACUUUAUUACACUUGGAGAGACUGAUCUUGACAGCCCGUACCCAACUAUUCAGUUGACCGACCAAGACUGGAAAAUGGCCUUUGCCAGGAGAGCUCCAAACAUUCUGAAAGUGGACCACAUCGAGGUGUGUCGCACCUCAGGAAUCGAUGAAGGAAUCAUCUCAGCGUUCUGCACAUACUUCGUGUUCAAUCUUUCAUAUCCAAGACAUCUGAAGAACACACUGAUGUUUCUCCAAAGGUACAUUGCCAAAAUAGUUGUGGAUGUGGUGGUGGCGUAGUGGCU